UCAGCGCCCCGAGACAGCCAGGUGUCCGUGACAUCAGUGCCCCGAGACAGCCAGACAUCAGUACAGUCAAAGGGCUCUGGCCCCGUGUCGGCCUCCGGAUCGGCGGAGCAAGCGUCGUCCCAUCACAGGGUUAGCAUUCAGACGCCCUCCAUGCAGGCUGCUGGGAAGAAAGGUGGAGAGGAAGGUGGCCAGGAUGGAGAAAAAGAAGAGGAAACAGAGCAGGAUCAAUAUGAGCUGGCCGAGGAGCGGCACCGGGCGCUGCGCGAGCGGCUGCUGCACCUGACGCAGCCGCGCGCUUCCAUCCUGAGCGAGCGCGGCGAGGCGCGGCCCGGCGCCAGCGAGCAGCGCAGCAUCAUCAGCCAGUACCUGCGCCAGCGCGACCCGCGCCUCUUCAUCAGCAGCCAGCGGCGCGUGGUGCGCUCCUUCCUGCCGCCCAUCUUCCGCAGCCGGUUCGCGCCGGCCGAGACGCCGCAGCGCGCUGCCAGCUCUCAGCGGCGCCUGCCGUCCAAGAUGGCAGAAACACAGCGUACCAUGGAGCGCACGUACUCGACCAAGAAGCACCGGAUGCCGGCCGAGCAGGAGCUGGAGGACCGCAUUCUGCGCGAGCGUUGCCAGCUGCCCAUGCUGAGCAGGGCCAGCGCCCACUGCCAUCGGAGCGAGAUGAAGCACAACUUCUGUAUCGACGUGCUGGAGCGAGGCUGCCACCAGACGCACACGGAGAUGUUCCACAUCCUGCGACGCGACGAGGCGGUGAAGGCGGCCAUGGCCGAUCCGCCGGCGCUCAUCGAAUACACGCCGCACAAGCUGCAGAAGCUCAAGCAGUGCCUCGUCGACAUGGAAGAGGCUGUCCGGAAAUUGGAUUAUAUGUCCGGGUACGCCUCCGCAAACGACCCUGGCAUUUUUCUUCCUGAAAGAGCCCGCUGA